UAGAUACAUCGAAUGCCUCCAGGUGCCCAUCGUCGACGGCCCGUCAGAAGCCUCGACCGCCGCCCUUCCGUGAAAAUGUCCAGUAAAUACAUCUAUAUCUACCUUAUGUGGGUAGCGGAAGUACAUGCUGAUACCAGCUGGUAAGCCGUAUCUUGCACUGCUAGCAAUGUGCCUCAGAUGUACCUUCGGUAGUAGGUAAUGGUGUCUCCAUUUCAGUUUGACAGCACCGCUAUCUCCGAUCCCGCAAAACCGGCCUGCAAUUGAAGGUUAUCGACAACAGCCCUCUAACUGCCAAGCCCGACUGACGACAUCUACGAAGAAGCGCAGUAGGUACUCGUCGUCCAACAACGACGUCCUCGCCCACCAGCGAGCUUCAAGCUUUACGCCGAACGCGUCCCAUCCCCGUCACACUCUCUUCCUCGUCUUCCUCCGGCGGCCCAGUCAGAUGUAUUAUCAGGCUUCCAGUUAGCAGCGCUCCGAACGCUGCUUUAUCCCCGAACCUACGUACAGCCCGCAACAUCGCCUGCCCCGAGCGACAUCAUGUCUCUCUCCGACUCCUUCGCCAUACCUGACCUCUCCGUCUCUGAUCUGGACGACGUCGACUCUCUGCCCUCGUCUUCUACCGAAAGUUUCGAGUCCGACGAUGACUACGAUGCCCAGAAAGAGUGGGAACAGAGCCUCGAGCAGCUCCAGCUCCUCCUAACAAUGAUACUAGUCCCUUUUGCCGGGAAGUAUUUUGGUCGCAAGUUCGCGUAUUGGAGCUGGGCACGUUACAUGGAAUGGGCGCAUGACGUCGAAAUUAAUUGGACGAGCAAAAAGACAUUCAAAGUCGUGGGCGCCGCCGAGGCAGCUGCAACUCUUUGAAUGAUUAGCCACAUAGAAACAUAUGAACAUUACGAGAGCCUGGGAUUAAUCGAUGCUCCCCGCUCUGUACAUUACGGAUCGAUGAUAUAAACAUAAUACCAAAUAUCGUGAACCCAGAAUACCGCGAACUGAGUCCCGCCAAUAUCAAUUCUUGAUCAAGCUUCACUGUCUCCGAGCUCCUUCAUCUACGUGACAUAUGAUGUGUCCUACCAUGCGCUCUUUUAGGCUGUCAGGGGUACUGAUUCAUAGUAUCAAUAAGGGUCAUGAGAAGUGAUUUUGAAGGUUAUCUAAGCUUCGCUUCUACUCCUUGUCUUGGUCGGCACAGCGAAAACACUACUUGGGUACCCUAAGCGCUAGGCAGCUAUGUAGUAUGUUACCGGUCCAAAUAAGAACUAUUCACAUAUUUGCA